AUGAUCGAUAUCAGGCGAUUCGAUCAACUUGCCUUCUGUUCAAAAUCUGACAGGAAGUUCAAAAAAGGAGUUUCGCAUACUAAACUUGCGUUCCGUUUGACAUGUGUACAUAUAUUUCCAGCAGCACCGAACAAUCGUAUGAAUCAAACAGGCCCACAUAAAUCAAUGAGAAAAGGCUUCGUCACCGAUAGUGAUGGCAGUGUAGACGUGGAGAAAAUCGAUAUCACAGAGGAUUUCGAGAAAGAAAUCAACAGUCGUAUGGCGCUCGUAUAUACUGGAAAGACGCGAUUAGCAAAAAAUCUUCUCCAGGAAGUCGUUCGCGGGUGGUAUUCUGGAGGACCAGUUAGGGAAGUGAUCUCUUCGUUGGAAAAUAACGUUGGCCAGUUCGCCGCCAAAAUAAGAGGAGGUUUGAGAAAAAUUAGUUUGAAUAGACCAUGCGCACAUGAAAAUAAAAUAGGUUUCGGGUUCACUAAUGCAGUUACCAAAGUUGUCACUGGAACGUCGAUUUCAAUAGCAGGAGCACCAUCGGUGAUGUCUUGA